AUGUCGCUGUUCAACAAACCAAAACGAAACAUCCGUCGUCGACCCUUCAACGACGAAGAAGAGGACAAUGAAAACAAAUCAAUCGAAACUGAAGAUUUACAAAACUCAAAAAAUAAAGUAAAAAAAAAGGAUAAACCUAAGCAGACUCUUCUUAGUUUCGGAGAGGAGUUGGAAGAAGCUGAUGAUGGAGAAGUUUUUAAAGUGAAAAAGUCAUCAAGAAGUAGAAGACUGAUGAAACAACUUGAUCAGGAGAGGAAAAGAAAGAAAGGUGAAGAGAAAUUGCAAGUGGACUCUGACCCAUCGAACAUGUCUAUUAUGCAGGAAAAAGAUUUAGAAAUAAAAACCGAUGAUCUAGUAGUUAAGGUGAAAAAUUCUGGUCCAAUAAUUUUAAAUGGUCGAGAUGCAGCUACUGCAGGCAAGAAUGACUAUAAUUCUGAGGAUGAAGUAGAUACUAAUCACGGACAUAGAUUUCAGACCAAGACAGAUAGAUCGGAAAAUAUGAAAUUUUUUCUUGAAAGUGGUUGUAUACCAGAUGCAGCUAUGAUCCAUGCAGCUAGGAAACGGAGGCAAAAAGCUCGAGAAUUAGGACAUGAUUACAUUCCCGUAGAAGAACAAAAUGAUGAUAAAGGAACGUCAAGAUUGAUUCGCGAGGAUGACGACGAUCACAGUGAUGAUGAGAAUUCUCAAGAGAGAAUUAAUUUAAAUGUAAAUACGGAUGCUUUAGAUAAAGAAAAACGAAGACAAGCUUUCCUUGAUUCACAAGCACCAACAAUGAAGCUAUCUGAUGACGAAAAUGAACCUGAAAUAGAAGAGUGGGAAGUACAACAAAUUAGAAAAGGAGUCACUGGAGCUCAGAUUGCAGCAGCACAGCAGGAUUCUAUAAUGCAUCAGGUUGCGUUCGGAAUGGGUUCGACGCAUAUGUCAGAAUCGGGAAUUUCAAUUAUGAUGACAAAUAUGAUACCUGCACCUCCACCACCUCCUUGUAUACAGCCACCAGAUCCAACAGAAGAUGUACCUGCAAAAAUUGAAGAUAUUGUGAAUAAAUUACGUGAGAGCUUAAGUGAGUUGCAAGAGAUACAUGAACGGCAUAAUUCAAAUUUUGAAGCAGUUGUUGAAGAUUUGGAAAAUAGUGAAAAAGAAUAUGAUAAAGGAGAUAUAAUUGCACCAAAGAUGGCUCAGCGCUACAGAUAUUACCAAGAGAUGCGUGGGUAUGUCACUGACUUGGUAGAGUGUCUUGAUGAGAAGCUGCCUAUGAUUGAGUCCUUGGAAGUUCGUUGGACAUCUUUAUAUGGAGAUAGAUCAACGGAACUUGUAGAAAGACGGCGACAAGAUACAAGAGAUCAAGCAGAAGAAGUUACAACUGCUGCAAGGGGGCCUGUUCAAAGAAGAGGACCUGAGGACGACGCACGUAUGCGGCGCGCUACAGAACGUGAAGGGAGAAGAGCACGACGGAGAAGAGCAAGAGAACUAGCUUCAAUAUUACCCAGGCAUAUCGACGGUAUGUCAAGUGACGAUGAAGUUACAGAACAGCAGAAUCUUUCCUUUAGGCAAAUAAAAGAGGACAUCGAGAAUGAUUCACGGGAGCUCUUUUUAGAUGUAGAAGAUGACUUUUGUACACUAAAAGGAAUUUUAUCAAAACUUGAAGACUGGAAAUCUAUUGACCUAGAGUAUUAUACAGAUACUUUUGCAUCACUUAGCAUUCCAAAAAUGAUAUCGCCAAUUAUUCGAUUACAACUUCUAACUUGGAAUCCAAUAAUGGAAAGUUCUGAUUUAGAAAGGACAAAGUGGUAUAGUGCAUUACUUUUGUAUGCGUUAGAUACAAAAGAAACUGAAGAAUCUCUUCGUAGCGAUCCAGACGUACGAUUGAUUCCGUCAGUAAUUGAAAAAGUUGUCAUUCCAAAGUUAACAACGAUCGUUGAAAAAAUUUGGGAUCCUAUGUCUACAUCACAAACGUUACGAUUAGUUGGGAUAACCGGUCGUCUUGUGAGAGAUUAUCCAAAUUUAAAUGACUGUAGUAAACAAAUGGAAACAUUUUUCAAUGCAAUCAUGGAUAAAAUGCAAACCGCUGUUGAAAACGACGUUUUCAUUCCAAUUUUUCCUAAAACUAUUAUGGAUCCAAAACACCAAUUCUUUCAACGACAGUUCUCCAUGGCCGUAAAAUUACUUCGAAAUCUAUUGAGUUGGCAAGGCUUGAUUGGCGAUAAUAAACUUAAAAAUAUCGCUUUAGGAUCUUUGCUGAAUCGCUAUCUUUUAGCGGGUUUAAGAGUUUCUGCUCCUCCCGAUGCUCUUCUUAAGGCUAACAUGAUUAUGAGCACUUUACCAAGAGCAUGGCUGCAAGGAGAAACAAUCGAUCACUUGAAAAUGUUUUCAAGUUUAAUACAACAACUCAGUGAACAACUUGAUCAAGCUAAUCCAGCUCACAAUGAAGCAUGGGAAUUCUCCAAGUCUAUUCUAAAGAUAAUCAAACCACUGUAAAUAAAUAUGAAGAUCUAUAUUGCCGAAGCUCGGAUCAAGUGAGUCAAUGAUGUAAAUCAAUGGAUUUAUUUGAAUGUUCGAAACGAGCAUCAAGUGGAACUGAUCGAUUUUUAAGUGAGCUCGGCGUUUAACUUAAGUAAUAUGAUUGUUUAACAAUUUUAUAUAUUGUAGAUAUUUCGAUUUUAAAUCUUGUACAUAAUAAAAGUGACGAAAAUGCCUAUUAAGGAA